AUCCAUAUCAAAUGUUUGGACCCACAAGUAGUCGUUUAGCGAGUUCAGGUUCCGGACAAAUCCAACUGUGGCAGUUCCUUCUGGAACUCCUCAGCGACUCCUCCAACGCGGCUUGCAUAACCUGGGAGGGUACCAACGGAGAAUUCAAGUUGACCGACCCGGACGAAGUCGCCAGGAGGUGGGGGGAGAGGAAAUCGAAGCCGAACAUGAACUAUGACAAACUGUCCAGGGCGCUAAGAUAUUAUUACGACAAAAACAUCAUGACUAAGGUGCACGGGAAGCGAUACGCCUACAAGUUCGACUUCCAAGGCCUAGCGGCUGCUACGCAGCCGGCUACCAGCGACCCCAGCAGCUACAAGUACCAAAGCGAGCUGUUCAUGAGCUCCUACCACCACAGCGCUAAACUCGGCGGUUUUAUGAGCCCACACGCCACCAUACCCAGCUCGGCAGCGUCGAUAUUCCCCUCGCCUGGGUCGUACUGGAGCAAUCCCAGCGCCAACCUCUACUCCAACAUCGCCGCCAGCACGCAUUCCAUCAGCCACCACGCGGGACCCCAUCUCGGGGCGCCCCCUUUAGGCUCAUAUCCGCACUACGCAUGA